CAAUGGUAAGCGAAUGAAGAAUGAUGUGUCGGCAAAAGCAUCUGGCAAUGAUCGGGGGAUGGCGAUGGUAAGCAAAUGAAGAAUGAUGUGUCGGCAAAAGCAUCUGGCAAUAAUCGGGGGAAUGGCGAUGGUAAGCGAAUGAAGAAUGAUGUGUCGGCAAAAGCAUCUGGCAAUGAUCAGGGGAAUGGCGAUGGUAAGCAAAUGAAGAAUGAUGUGUCGGCAAAAGAUCGGGGUAAGGCUGACAAAACACCAGAGAUGAUAGAUGGAGAAAGGUGCGGAGAUGCCACUACAAAAAAAAAUGCUACAUGUGGAGACAUAGGCAACAAAGAAAUUGAGGCAAAAGAUCAAGAGACGAUAACUACAACAAACAAGAACAACGAAACACAAAACAUGCAAGGAUUGUUUGAUGCGCCUACCUUUCACCUGCUCACACAAGACACCGAAUUAGGUGAUGAUGUCGAUGAUACGCAUGACAAAAAUCAAGAAGGGAAGGGAACGGCUGAAAAGGAUAUCACACGUAAUGCUUUGAUAAAGGAACUCGAAUCAAGACGAAGAAAACCAGUUGGUAGGUUCGCCCGCUCAUGUGAUGACCAUGAAGACGAAAUGGGAAUAGACAUUACAACGGAAGAACAGCGUAUUUGGGAUUUUCUAUUCGAUGUGAAGUACUCAAUGUAA